AUGGUCCCUCGUCGCGGGGAGGAAUGGGCCGUGCUGGGUCUCCGGAGAAACCCAGGCCUCGUCUCCCCGUCCCGGAGCUGCCCCGCCCGGAUUCACCCGAGCUCGGGUACCGACCUGUCUCCCGUUCCCGAGUCGCUCUCUAAGGUGGAAGGAGAGAGUCCUGCAGUUAGCCAGCAGCCCAGGCCCUCCGUCACAUGGAACCUAGGCUCUCCCAUUGCCUGUGCGGUGGCCCCCCAGGUGACCACCAGUUCUGGCACCAGCCCGGCCUCGGCCUUCUUCCGGCGCAGUAGGCUCUGCAGCCGCCCCGACAUUCACGUACGGACCAAGCCGCAGAUCUGCUUCCUGCAGUCGCGGACCGCUCAGUCGCCUGUGCUCUUCAGCUUACUGAAUUCCAGUGAAGCAGCAGUGAAAAAAUUUUUACCCAAGAGCCACUUAUCUCGGGUGAUUAUUCGUGACAACCUCAGUGCACAACGAAUCUAUGAGAUGGAGGUAAAAGCUUCAGACAAGACCAAGAAAAAGACGGGCCACUUGUAUGACCACCUGAAAAAAAAAUUCAGGACAGACCAGCUCAGAAAGCUGGGGCGCUGGCGACGGGAAUCCAUGAACACCCGGCAGUACCUGGAUAGCAUCCGAGUGUACGAGGAGCCUAACGAGAAAGACCAACCACCCUAG